CCAAUCAGAUAUUUUUUGCAUCAUUUUUUGUUGAUGCUCCGCUCCUAUUGGUCGUAGUGUGAUGGUUAUUAUAUGGAAUAUAGCCUGUUUGUUCUUAUUUUGAGGGCCUGCCUUUCUCGGUAAAUAGGUUCUUCAACAUUAUGUAAUUCGAAUAAUAUUACUGUAGUCACUUUAAAGAAAAAAAAAACACCAUCCACUGAUUGACAGCCGACUUCAGCGGCCUAGCUUUAUUGACAGUCUGGUUGACAGUGUUUUUCAAAGAACAUUUUCAAAGCGCAUUUAUAAUACUACUGAACGAGCAUUUUAUAUUUAAAGAAAAUAAAAUCGUUUUUGAAGGUUGACAGUGUUGAUCAAUUGAAUGCAAGAUAAUAUUAAUAAAUAAAUACAUUCUGCAAUUUGCAAAGUACCAUUAAAAUGAAUUCAUGGACAGAUUUUGGUUCUAUCUUCACAGUGUUUUAGAUAAUACUAUUCGUAUAUAUUUUUGAAAUUAUAAAUCAUUAAAUCUCAGAACACGAAAGGACAUUAAUCGAAAUUCUAGUGUAUUACAAUACAAUGAGGAAUGGGAAACCGAAUAUCGCACUGCACUAACAGACACAACGCUAUUAGAACAAUUCUUAAAAUUAAUUUACUAAAAUGCCUGCGUUUUAUUGCCGAUUCUGUGCUGAACUAAAGGCUGCGCAAGAAGUUAUUCACUUUAGCAAACCUUCGCGUCACGAAAUAUUAGAGAAAAUAAUUACAAUGAAAAUUGAUUUUGUGGAUUUGACUGACAAAUUGUUACCUGCAAUCAUUUGUAAUAUAUGUUUAAGCACACUAAAUAGAUUCUACUCCUUCAUAGUAAAAGCUAGGAAUUCUCAAAAUGUUUUAAGCAAUAUAUUUUCAAAUGAACGCCCAAUGGAUAGUGACAAUAAUUCUGAUAAUUUUGCUGAUGAUUGUAGUGUAGUCCUAGGAGAUAGUCUUUCUAGAUUAGAUGAUAAAAGUAAUAAGCAAACUUUAAAAUUUCAACCUUCUCCAUGGGAUUUAUACUUUUGGCUGUGUGGACAUUGUCACUUGAGAUUCAGUUCUUUAUCCAGUGUCCGUAGCCAUUGUAUAGCUGAUCAUGGAGUUUGCUGCAGCUGGCAAUGUGCUGACUGUUUAGAGAGGGUUGAUGAGUAUGAACUAUUUAUCAGACACAUACAGACACAUAAUAGUGAGAUGUUGAAUUAUUGCGAACAGUGCAAUGUAAAGCUAGAAAAUGGUCAUACACACAGUGCCAUAGACCAUCCAAUGUGUAAAUAUUGUGGAGACAUAUUUGAAAGUCGAGAAUUACUUUUACACCACCAAAAUAAAUACCAAAAUGGAAAAGUUACCCUAGCUGAAACUAGUUUAUCCUUAGAAAAUCAGUGUAAAGAAUCAUGGAGUUCUUAUAAGUGGGCUUGUAAGUAUUGUGAUAUGAUAAUGUCAAGCCAGAAAUUGCUACGGUACCAUUCAAAGUUAGUUCAUGGAAAAUGCUUUGGGAUGAAAUGUGCCGAUUGUGAUAUUAGUUCAACAAAUUUUGUACAAUUUGUUGAUCAUGUCAGGAUGCACAGAGAGAAUCUUAGGUAUUACUGCCCGUACUGUGACAUUCCUCUUACUGACGAAACACAUUUGAAACAGCAUACAGUUGAUUCCAUUAAUUGCAAUUCCUGUGGUGAGCUGUUUCAAAGCCAACGAGACCUUUGCGAGCACAUAUCAACCGUCAAAGAGGAUAUAAAAAUUACAUACAAAACAAGGAAAUCUAAAAGCAUCAAAAAGAUAGAAAAAGUAAUCACAGAAGAAGAUUUAAUUUGCAAUUUUUGCGGAAAGCGAACAAAAAGUCUGAAGUCACUAAGGUUGCAUAUGAAACGGCACUCGGACAGGAACAGAAACUACACCUGUGACAGAUGUGGUAAAACCUUCUUGACAAAGUCAACCCUAUCAGCCCACAUCAUAAUACACGAGAACCCUGAUCCCGAGGUCUGCAAGAUUUGCAAAAAGACCUUCCUAACUCUAACGAGGCUGAAGAAACACGUAAAACUCAUUACAACGAACGACCGUUUCGCUGCGAAGUGUGUCAUAAAUGCUUUAGGCUUAAAGAGCAUUUGAAAAGUCAUGCGGUGACCCACACAGACGAAAUGCCGUACCAUUGUCAGUAUUGCGAGAAGUCUUUUAAACAUCGAAAUGUUUUAAAGACUCAUGAAAACCAGCACACAGGUGCGAGACCAUACGCCUGUGAAAUCUGUGAUAUGUAUUUUGCUAACUGGUCUAAUUGUAACAAGCAUCUUAAACGGAAACAUGGUACUACCUUAGCUAAGAAUGUCAUAACGCCGCAAGGGAAACUGCCAAUCAAUCCAAAAACAGGCAAGCCGAAGAAGUUGAAAGAUUUGGAGACAGUCAAAGAUUGGACAGAGAGUAUAAUGGGGAGUAAAAAGAGAGGGUGGAGUGAAUCUAAGGCGGUUGAUUGAAUUUAUAGUUAUAGUUUUGAUGCUUGAUUUGAAUUGUUUGCCGGCUUUAUGUCGACGUGUCGACGCGCAGGAGUCCCUUAUUAUAUAAACAAUCGACUAUAAUAUAGUUGUUUUAGGUACGUACUUUACAGAUUAUAAUAAAUAUGUAAAAAAAUA